GGGAGAAAGAUAGGAACCCGAGUGGUAGGUUUUCUUUUUACAAAAAAGGGUGGUGGGUGUAUGGAACGAGCUUCUGGAGGAGGUAGUUGAGGCAGGUACUAUCACAACGUUUAAGAAACAUUUAGACAGGUACAUGGAUAGGAUAGGUUUAGAGGAAUGUUCAGAUGCAGGCAAGUUGGACUAGUAUAGAUGUUGGUUGGUGUGAGCAUGUUGGGCCGAAGGGCCUGUUUCCUCUAUGUUUGACUCUAACACAAAACGCUGGAGUAACUCGGCGGUUAAGGCAGCAUUUCUGGAGAACAUGGGCAGGUGACAUUUCAGAUCUGAACCCUUCUUCAGACCGAUUCAUUUACAAUCACGUAAUUAGUUUUCCAAUUAAGCCCCCUUGUUUCAACUUAAUUAACGUCCAACGAUGAUUGGGCGAUAAAAGAGGAGCUGCAUAAAAGGCCACACCGGGCUCGGUAACGUGACUGUGAGCAGCCAUGGAGGGAUUUGUCUAUCCCGCCCCGGUCCCUUACAGCAAUGCAAAGCCGAGGCAACAGAACUGGAGGCAGAAACACUACCCGCCGGUCAACGUGGAAGCGGUGGAGUACUUGGACAAUUACAAGAGGGCGCAGCUGAAAGCUAUCCUCUCCCAGGUGAACCCCGGCCUCACUCCUCGUCUCAGGAAAGCUAACACCAAGGAGAUUGGCAUUCAGGUCAAUCCAAAAGUAGACGCUUCUGUGCAAUGUUCACUGGGACCCAGGACCUUACCUCGCCAGAAGCGACGUCCUGGAAGCGAGGGGGCGACCCGAGCAGCUCGCUCGCCCUCUCCCAUUAGGGCCGGAGACGCCACCAACGAUCCCAAGGAAACUGGGGCCACUGCCCGGUCCCCAACCGUCGUGAGGUUCUCUCGGCCCAUCGCCGUCUCCAUCUACUCACCUGUCUUUGACCAGUGUCCGGGAGAAACGAACCGUGGACGCAAGGUCCCUCCGGAGGAAGAGGAAUCUGAUCCACAGCUGGAGAAAGAUUCUGGACCUCCUGAACAAAAGGUUGCAGACGUGAAAGACCAAGUGGAAACGGAGCAGAAAGAAGACCAAGCAGCGGAGGCAAACGCGAGCAAGCAAAGGUUUCGCUUCCAGUUUCUGGAACAGAAGUAUGGUUAUUACCACUGCAAAGACUGCAAUAUCAGAUGGGAAAGUGCUUAUGUUUGGUGUAUUUCAGGAACUAAUAAGGUUUACUUCAAGCAAUUUUGCCGCAAGUGUGAUAAGGGAUAUAAUCCUUACAGGGUGGAAGCUAUUCUAUGUCAGACUUGCUUUAAAAACUGCUGCACUUGUACUCAGAAGAAGCGGCACAUUGAUCCAAAGCGACCACAUCGCCAGGAGUUGUGUGGACGUUGCCGGGGCAAGCGUUUAUCCUGUGACAAUACGUAUAGCUUCAAGUAUAUUGUUUGAAAUUGGGCACCAUUUGUGUGAAGAUGAAAUACUGAUCUUGUGUGGUACUUGGUUACUUACCUAGCACGGACAACUUGUAAAUUACCAUACGUUAAAUGAAAUAAAUUAUUAAAGUGCACUUGUUCAAACUUUCUAGUUUUAUGCAUUAUCCUUUUUUAAAUGGAGGUCUUGUUUUCUCAUUGCCAAGAUCAUAGACAAUACUUGGGUCAAAUGAGACUAUCUCUCUCUUUCCUAUC